AUGUCGUCGUUCGCCGAAGCUCCUGCUGGGAACAAAGCCGCCGGAGAGAAAAUUUUCAAAAUGAAGUGCGCUCAGUGCCACACCGUUGACAAAGGGGCCGGCCAUAAACAAGGGCCAAAUCUGAAUGGACUGUUUGGAAGGCAGUCUGGAACUACGCCGGGGUAUUCCUACUCUGCUGCCAACAAAAACAUGGCCGUCAAUUGGGAAGAAAAGACACUGUACGAUUACCUGCUCAACCCCAAGAAGUAUAUACCUGGAACGAAGAUGGUUUUCCCAGGACUGAAGAAGCCACAAGAACGUUCGGACCUUAUUGCAUACUUGAAGGAGUCUACAACAAACUGA